UCUAGGUAUAUCAUCAGAAAGAAAUAAAACAGACCUUGUUCAAAGAAUAAAAGAAUAUCCACAGUAUGAGGGUUGCAGAGAAAAUGGUAAAAUGUUAGGAAAUCUAAAGAUCACAAGAGAAAAUAUAGAGUCAGUAGCUUCCAGUUAUCAUUCAGAAGCCUCAGACAGGUUCGAUAAAGACUUACAAACCUUGAGAGAGUUGGCAAGAAAAAGCACUGAAUGUGCUAAAAAUGCCCCUUUAAAAACUGGCUCAUACGAUGAAAAACUUCAAGAAGACCCUAAAACACAACCAAAUAAAUUAGCAAAGAAAAGGAAGUUACAUGAAAGUGAUGAUACUCCAGUCCUUUUGGAAGAGAAAUUAUUACUAGAAUUUAAAAAGUUAGAAAACGCAAUGUUGAAUUUUGACAACAAAUUAAACACAGUAAUGCUUUAA